UGGGGAGAGGAAAAAUAUUCCAGAACUAUAUAAUUAUGUGCACUACUGUUUUCAUGGGUCUUUUUUUCUUGUGACUCUUUUAAAAUGUAUUAUCAUUAUGGGAGUAAAACUCAAGAGCAGAAGAUUUAUGACUCAUUUCUGCUACAUCAUGGUUAUGACAAAAGUAGGGGAAAAAAGUAGAAUUUGUCAUAAUUUUGACUUUUUAAAUCUCAGUUUCUGCGUACUAUGUCAUGAUUUUGGCUUUUGUCGUAAUUUCGACUAAAAUUUACCAAAUCAUGUCUUUCCCCCUGUUUUUCUUCGUGUCGCGUCGCGUCUGAAUCCCCGCGGCGCGUCUGUUCUCGCGUUUCAGUUUGAUCUCCAUGGCAACGCGAUCAGACGCGCGGUUAAAGUUUCGCUCGGAAUUCUUCACAGGUUCCGGAUCCGAACCGAACUCCUCAGAAUAAUGUCUCGGACAUUUCCAGAUUUACCUGAAAUAACCAGCGAGAACUUUGAACAGAGUCUCUCUGAUCAGAUCUUCGUCGAGUUCUUCAACGCCUUCCUGCAGCUGCCUGUGUUCGGACCGGCUGUGAGGUAUGAUGGGAUCUCUGCAGGCUUUGAGCUGCUGGAUCACACGGCUGAGGAUCUGUCCCGCCGGAUCAGAACCGCUCUGCACCAGAUCCGGUCCAAACCGCUGUCGGACCUGAGCUGGAUCCCCGACAACAGCUACACCGUCACCUGUCUGGAGCGAGAUCAGAGCCUCCAGUGGCUGAAGAGAGACAGACUGCCGUUUUUCCUGCAGAGCGACUGUUACUUUGAGUUCAGGCUGACCAAAUGUCUGUCUCAGCUCAGCGGCCCGUGGAGAUCUGGGCGUCCAGUGACUGUCGACUCUUCAUCCUCUCAUGUGUGUGAUGAGCGUUGUCUUCGGUCUGGUUGGAGCUUUUGCAGUUUUUCAGAGAAGAUGAACAGCAGCUUCAGCGCUCCGAAGACGGCCGACCUAAGAACGGCCAACGGACGGACGGCGGUCGGAGAGGCGGCUCAUUCCCAAUCGGCGGGACGCAGCUGUGAAGCCGUUGCCAGACAAAACUUUCUGGACUUUAAGAGGUCUCUGGUUGGCGGGCCGGGAGAGAAUAUCCUACAUCUGUGGAUGGAUAUAGAGCGACUGAAGACUCUCAGCGCAAAGACCAGGAGCAGGUUUUUAGGGUGGAUGAAGGGUCAGUAUGUGGUCAGCAGCAGCCCAGCGGCUCUGAGUGAACAGCUGCUCUCUCGAUUGGGAUUAAACAGCACCAUCUCCUGGCAGGAGGAGCAACUGCGUGACAUUCAGCCCCGUCUGUCAGAGAUCCUGCUGCUGUACUGGGGUCAGCGUUUCUGCUUGUUUUCGUCUGAUCGGUGGCAGAUCUCAGAGCAUGUGUUGAGUUCUCCUGUCUGCGUCCACAGCGUCUCUUCCGUCUGCGCAGAUGCAGAAUUGCAGUCCAUCUGCGCCUGCAGUGAUAUGAAGGUCGAGCUGGACGGCAGUGAGAUUCAGACUCUACUGGAGGUUCUGCAUACUGAAUCCAGAUCUGGUUUCUUUUUCACUCAUUUCUGUCAGAACUCAGGGCAGCAGUUGUGGGAAAACACGGCGUAUUUCUGCUUAGAGCUGCUGCAAUACCGUCAGCUCUUUUGCCAGAGCAGGUUUGAUCCGUACAGAGUUCAGCGCACCGCUCAGCUCCUGUACGCCUCGUUCCUGAGCAGCGGAGCUCCGAUGAGCGUGUGUUUGAGCGAGGAGCGCCGGAGAGCCGUCCUGCUGCGUCUGAGUCCUGCGUUUGAGGAUCUGUUUGAUCCGGCGGAGGAACACGCUCUGAACGUCCUGCUGGAGCCCUGGACUCUCCUAUCACAGACACUCAGAGACGCGCUGCACACUGUGGCGCUGUGGGAGGAGGUGCGAUACGCCGAGGUCGAGCUCUUCCAGACACUGCAGACUCUCUACACACACACACAGAGCCGACGGCAGCAGGAGCGCAGAACUCCACCGGCUCCAGCGCCGGAUCUCUGGUCAAAGGUUCCGCGGGAGUUUCGCCGGUUCCGUCUGGAUUCUCUGCUCCAGAACCACCUGGAGCUCCAGAACUUCCUGUCCUUCCUGGAGGAGAAUUCAGUCAGUCUGGAUCUGCAGUGCUGGCUGGACGUGGAGCAGCUGAAGAACAGUGAUGCGGAGCUACUGGAGGAGAGAAUCACAAACAUCAGAGACAAAUAUCUCAGCAGCAACUUCCUGUUUGGAGCCGGCAGUCCAGCCACUGAAGAACAGCAGAUGAGGCUGUUGCAGAUGUGCGGCGGUUGGCAGCGUCUCCAGCAUGAGUCGGUCUCUCUCUCUGUUCUCACUGAGCUUCAGUCUCUUCUUCACAAUCGUCUAGAAACCCGAUGGCUGCCGCUGUUUCUCUCCAGCUCAGAGUUCAUCGCACGUCAGCAGCAGCAGCAGCGGCGGAAGGUAACAGAAGUGUGUGAGAAGCAGCCGGUUGUCCGUCAGCGCAGGAAGAGACACGUAUGGAAGCAGGUGUCUGCAGGUUCGAUGAGCUGCUCUCAGGAGUCGGUGUGUCUGCGCAGAGCUCUGCUGAAUCCCGUCACCCGUCUGCAGUUCCAGAAGUUUCUGUCUGCCUGUGAUGAUCUGCUGGAAAAUGAUCUGCUCUUCUGGCUGGAGGUUCAGAGGUACAAGGAUCUGUGUCACUCCCGCUGUGACGACAUCACGCUCCAGAGGAAGGUGUCCAUCAUCAUCAGCCGCUUCAUCAGUUCGUCCGUCCCGCCGGCGCUGCAGAUCCACGUUCCUCCUGAAGCGGCGCAGCGGGUCGUGAGUCAGCAGCGAGCGCUCGGCCCGUACGUCUUCAGAGAGACGCAGGUGUGUGUGUUCAGCGAGCUGCUCAAGCACUGGCCGGAGUUCGUGGCGUUGCGUUCAGCCGUCGGGGAGGACGAUCUUCUGCGAAUGCUGGAUCAGAAGCCGUGGAGAGAGAGACAGAGGAGCAGACGGACAGACGAGCAGGACGACAGCAGCUCUCAGUGUGUGUGUGAUGAAGAGCAGCAGGAGGAGGACGAGGCUCACGCAGGCGCCGAUGAAGAGCAGCAGCAGAACUCUGGGAAUGACGGCAUGAAAGCGGCUACAUAUAAGAUCUCCUGGUCCUACUGGAAACACAUGGCGGCGCUGGAGCACAGAAACACUGCAGAAGUGACAUCAUCAUCAUCAUCAUGCAGAAGCUCCGGUUCACCAGCGCAGCCGCAGCUCAGACGCUCACGUCAUCAAACGAGGCCGAAGAGUGAAAACGACGACAGACACCAAACACACUGACCUCAAUCUGAUGAU